UCAUCAUCUCUGGGAAACCACGGUCGGACCUGGCACCUGCGACGGGAGAAACAAAUUCCUGCGAUAACCACCAACAAAAACAUACGAUACUACCUCAAUGGGAACAGGCGCGACGAUCACAAUUGGAAUAAUCCCUCUACCUUGAAUAAAUAAAACAAGAGACCCUCCCGAAACGCAGCGAACACCAUCUCGCGCGCGCCCGUGACGCCGAAUCCCAUCCAUCAUCACUCGACACGCGCCGAACUGCCUACUGCGACAAUAACUCUCUCCCUCACGUACAAUCAACACGCGCACAUAUACAACAUCUUGCGCCCAACCCGCGCGACCAAAACCCAACACAGGUGAACAUAUCCAAGAAAGGAAAAAACAAUGGUGAAGCCCUCUCGCGGCAACCGGCCCUCCUUUGCGCCGCGCUCGAGUUUCGCCAGCAACAGCCAAGAGACACCCCGAUCACAACAACAACCACAACAACAACAGACUUCCACUCCGAACCGGACGAGAGGAGGGUCCUCUGGCGCGGGGAGAGGGAGAGGUGGGAAGACAAUUCCGGGCGGGAAGACGGUGAGGAAAAGCACGGCUGGACGGGCUAGUGAUGUCUCAAGUCCAACCCGGAAAAAGACGCGCUACAAACCCGGCACCGUCGCCCUGCGCGAGAUCCGGAAAUACCAGAAAUCCACCGAUCUCCUCUUACUCCGACUACCCUUUUCGCGACUGGUCCGCGAGGUGACCCUCAACAUGGCGCCCGUCAGCAGCGGCAUCACGCGCUGGCAAUCCCAGGCCAUCCAAGCGCUACAAGAAGCCACCGAGGCCUACCUGGUGCAUCUGUUCGAGGAUUCGAAUCUCUGCGCCAUCCAUGCGAAACGCGUGACGAUCAUGCAGAAGGACAUCCAACUCGCGAGGAGGAUCCGGGGGAGUUGGGGCGGGUUGGGAUAGAUUGUGAUGUAUGCGGGAGAGGGAUGGAAGAGGAAAGAGGGAGGAGGGAGGAUUUGUUGUACUUUUUCUCUUUUCUUUUUUCCCGGUGCGGUAUGAUGACGUGCCCUUGUCGGGCUUGUCUCUGUUUCUCUUGUUUUUCCGGGAAUGGUGUUUUUGUAUUUGUUUGUGCUUGCUUUGGUUGGGGGUUUUUUUCGGAUGGUUUGGAAAGAAUAUCCCGUUUGUCCCUCUUGCCUACGAUUAAUAGGAGAUCAAGAGAGAGGGAGAGAGAUUCGUCUCAUCUACUGCAUUCGA